UUUUUGCUGGCUUUUGCUUCUUAUCCUGGACAACAAUAGCGUCACCCUAUACCCCCUAAUUCUUGGCUACACUUCAGUUUACAACGGCGUCGAUCGACUAGUAGGGUUGCUGUUAAACCACAUAGAUUACCGUGGAUUCUUCCCCACACCCCGAUGAGUACGAACAACGGGUGUGGGUGUCUUGUCGAUUAUCGUUUCUUAUCGUCUUGGGUGAAACGCCCUACACGCAGGAAAAAAGCCUUCUUCAGCCUCUUGUCUAGAUCGUGAUCGCUGUCUCGGUCUGUAUGGCGAUCUUACUCUGCAAGGUAGAUCGGAACCAUCUCAGAUUCCGGACCAUUUAUCGCUGUGGUCGCGAUUGCUGUUUGUCGGAUUUAAUCCCUCAGCCAGAUCGGGUGUGAACUUCCAUGCCUCGUCCCAGAAGACCCGGCGCGCCAGAGCCGAAACGACGAUCCCGUAAGGGCUGCUGGCCGUGCAAAGCCCGAAAGGUGAAAUGUGGAGAGGAGAAGCCGUCGUGCCUCAACUGCCGACGCCAGAAUGAACCAUGUGACUAUAGCAUCAGGUUGAAUUGGGGCGGGAGGACACGGAGAAAAUCUUCUGUAGACUCCCCCAGCUCUCAGUCCAGUAGUCCGCCGGGCCAAUAUGCCACCUUCAGUUUCUCGCCAUCGAACCAAUACCAUCCGGAUGCCCCGAGUCCAGUCCAGCCAUACACACCCUUUUCCAUGCGAGACGGAACGACUGUGCCAGAUCAAGCUGCAGGGGACUUGCUAUGGGAUGCCGGACUUGCAGGGGGAAUGGAAAUAGGAACAUCCACAACCAGUCCUAAAGGAUUACAUGAUAUCCUCCAUGAAUCUCCGACUGCCUUUGGCCAGUUAAAUAAUGAAUCCAACUGUACAAAUGGCAAGACCUCUGUAGACAUGGGGGCUACGUCGCAAGAUCAAGAAGCGACCUCCCCAUGGCCAGAUUUGUCCCCCGAUUUAGCCACAUCCUCGUCGAGCGAGACCCUGCUCGCUUUCUCCCCGCCUGUACCCUUAUCGCUGGACACCAUCUCAUACCCAUCGCCUGCAGAUACGAACUCGACUAUCGGUUCAUUCGCGGCUUUUAACUUUUCCUCUGCCACGAUAUCGAGGCCCAUCUCGUUCCUCCGACAUACAUCGGAUCUCCAUCAUUCCCCGCCCGACUCCAAUCACAUGCCCGAAUCUCGUACCGAGUUUUCUAGCUAUUCCUCGUCUACGGAUGUGAUGAGUAUCUAUGCAGACUUCCAGUCACAUGCAUCAUCUUCUGCUCAGAAUGCGGCAUCUCCAGGGUCGGCAGAAGCAAGUUUGCUUUCGUCAGGAUUGGCUCACGAGGCCCCAGCGCUGCAGGCGGGUCCAGCCGUCCAUACGGAGAACUUCUUCAGCAAGAUCAUGAACGAUCCUCUGCAUCCUGAUAGCCAAUCCGAUGGGGUUUAUUCUCGCACAGGAUACGUCUCCCAUGCUGCUGACAGUGCAGGCCAGAGCCUAUCGGAACUGGAGGAUGUUUCCAUGUCGGAAAAGAGAUGGCAAGCUUAUCUGACCAGGGUCACGGACAAUUACGGGUUGGAUUGCGGGCGCCCGGAUCUCGAUCUCAACAAGAACGACGAUCAUUCCGCCAUUGACAUCAACUACGCUUUGGAUUUGAUUAAUUCGGACAGUCGACCUUCCGCUUCGAACUCGGAAGGUUUGCAUACAGAGAAUGCAAAGUACGAUGGAUCUGACUGCAACAAGCGUAGCUACUAUGCAUCGCCGGUACCAAUAAAUAUACCGCGGUAUCUUUCGCCGUUGCCACCGUCACUCGUGAAGACGCCAAUUAAUCUGAUGUAUUUCCACCACUUUCUCAACCAUACCGGUCGCAUGCUGGUUCCUCAUGAUUGCAAAAAUAACCCGUUCAUCUCGGUCUUACCGACCAUGGCAAUUGGCGACUCUAAUCUUCUAAACUUGAUGCUGGCAUAUUCUGCUAGUCAUCGGGCGCGGUAUCUGGGCCAUCCUGAGCCCGCAACCCGAAUUGCACACUGGGUGAGCAAUGUCUUUCCCACUCUGCGCUUGGCGCUUGAGGAUCCUCGUGAGAAGGUGACCGACAGUCAUCUUGCGACUGCCAUCAUGCUUCUUUCUCUGAAAAUCAUAUCUCCCAGCACGUUUGAAGUGCCCAUCCCAUGGCAAAGUCACUUAAAGCUUGCUCGGGAUCUGUAUCUGGCACGACAAGAGCAGAUGUCAUACCCUGGAAAUCGUGUCGGCGCAUUUCUCACGCGCUGGCUGGGAUACAUCGAUCUCAUGGGCGCUCUAUCGUGCCGGGAAAGUGGACCACCACUGUCUGAAUAUCAAUCUGUUCUGGCGGUCUGCUCUGAUGCAGGAACACAUGGCGAAUAUUGUGUUGACUGCUUCAGUGGGUUUACGCCCAAGACUGGCUUGUUUCUAAUGCAGCUGGGAAGAUUGACUCAUGAGUGUGACAACGAGCGUUUCGACGAGAACGGAGUCUUUCUUCCUGAUUGGGAACCAUCACCAGGUGUUGCCUUUGAAGCCGAAGCCUUAAUAGCGGAUCUUGGCGCUUUGGAAACCUACGCCUAUGCUGAUGCAGCGCACUUCGGUCCGAGCAAGACCGAUUUUCUAGCCACUGACCGGGCCUUUCGCUAUGCAGGGCUAUUGCACCUUCAUCGUCGGGUGCUAAAUGCGUCGCCCUUUUCUGAGGCGGUUACGGGGGCCGAAAAAGAGCUCUUCAAGGCAAUAGGUGACAUCCGGCAGAGUGCGUCUGCAGAGGUCGGGGUUCUGUUCCCGUUGUUUACUGCGGGCUGUGAAGCUCGAAAUGCCGCGCAACGAGCAGAAAUCCAAGAGCGUUUCGAUUUCCUCGAAAAAACAGGAAUGAAACAGAUGCAAAGCGCUCGUACGCUGAUGCAGCGAUGCUGGUCCGAAGACUUGCCGUGGAUCGCAUUGGCUCAGGGCGAAUUUCUAGGGUAGCCCAGCAGGUAAAAUCGUCUUGUACAUCAUUCUUGCUCAUAAGCCAAUGCUACUGGGUGAGGUGCAUGUCUUGUACCUGCAGGGUGUGUCCCGCUGACUGCGCUAGUUCCAUAUAUGAAGCGAGCGGAGACAGCAGGCCUGACUCUACUGAACUUACUAUGUACAUAUCAAGAGGCCGUUAAGGGAUGGUCAUUUGUAGAAGCUGUUGGUCUACCGCCCAACACUAGGGUUGUAGUACCACGACCACCCAAGGCACGUUGUAU